AUGCGACCCGUCUAUUGCGCAGACCAACCUAAAGGCCUUGCGUCCAUAGAUUCUCUCCGCUUCGUACGCCUCGCCCGCCGCGUCUCUCCUCGCGGGGGUCCACUCCGCGCCUCCACGCCAUGGGCCCUCCUCGCCUCCACUGCGCUGCCGUCGCCUUCAUUGCCGCCUGCUGCUACGUCUGCUUCUCCCCCGCUGCUGCGCAAGCAGGCGCAUCUAGCGGCGGUGAAACCGGCGCGGGACAUGGGGAGCAAGGCCUGGCGUGGCACGAGCAUCAGCGGAGCGCCGUCGCGCAUCGCUCUCGCCCUGCACGCCGCGCCAGCUCCCAUACCGUCGCGUCUCCGCCGUCUCCUCCUCUUUUCCCCCCUGCCUCUGCCACACCCCUCCCCAUUCUCUUCCUCCACUGCCCUGUUCGCCCCAUCUUCCCCCGUUUUUCCCACUCCCCGCCCCGCUAUCUUUCCCCUCUCCUCCCAUCCAUCCCGCGAGCAGGCGUGGGAGGCGGCGUACGAGUUGACGCCGGGUUCCUUCCUGCCGCCCCUCUCCGUCGCCCUGCCGCCCGGCGUGCCGCCCGCGCCGCACCUGGAGGACUGCACGGCGGGCACGGCGGCCAGGGCGCGCGCAGAGGCGCGGGGGGAGGGGGGUGAGGCACCCCCCUGGACCGCGCCCUCCCAGUGCUGCGGUUGCUCCCCCCAACCGCCCUGGGUACGAGGUGACGACGCGUCCAAUCUCCCGCUGACACGUGUCGCUCAAACGCACAUCUGGCAGCACCAGUUCCCCCCUUCAUGCGACCACCGCCGCCUGCUGCUUGCUGACUGGCUUCAUCUGAAUGCUGACGUGGCAGCAGGCAGGGCAGGGGAGGCGGACGGGGGAGGCGGCAUGGGGGACAUGGAGGGGCUGGCAAGGGAGGUGCAUGUGGUGGGGGGCCUGCUGGCGCUGGCAGUGCUGCUCAACCGCACGCUUGUUGUCACACCGGGCUCCUUCCCCCAUGCCAACUACUCCGCUUGCUCCGCCACACCAGAGUCGCUGGCCUGUUUCUUCGCCCCCCUCGCUGGGCCUCUCUGCGAGCAGGCAGCAGCACACGCCGUGGCCGCCCACUCGCCCGUGCGCGCCCUCGCAUGCGCCUCCAGUCCCGCCGCCAAAGAGGCCGCUCAGGGCGCCUCCCAGGGAUUGGAUGAGCUGGAAGCCCUGCUGACGUCAGCAGAUCCGGUGGUGCGUGUCUGCACUGGGGCGUUGAGCCGGCACCAACUGCUGCUGCUGGCCAACGAAUCACGCGUCGCCACGCAGUGGGGUGCAGCUGUGAGUGCGGCAUCCCAGUCGGUGGAGGUAGCAGGGGUGGUGCCGCCACACGACAAACACAGGGAGCAGGUAGGCCAUGGCCGUGCGUGCACCCAUCAAGGCUUACAUGCUGUCAGCUCUCGCAUUGCUCUCAAUCAAGAGGUAUGGAUCAACCCCCUCAUUCCCUCAUCCCUUUCCCGCCCAUUCCGGUUAUCCUCCCUUCAGUUGCACUGGUGGCGAUCCCAGGCCGUCCGAUUCCUCUUCCGCUGGCCAUCUGCCCACCUCUGCCACGUCACCAACCUAAUCCGCCACAUCAGCUACGGCCGUUACAUUGCUGCUCAGAUGCACUCUGCCGCCCAGCAGCAGGCUGCCAUCAUCCGCUCUCUCUCUGCUGGCCCGUCCGAGGCCGACAAGAGUGUUGGAAUCGAUACGGCUGCCGAAGCCAAAUUCCUAGCCUCGGUAGACAUCAGGGCCGGGCCAAGCCUGGAGGGUCGGUUGUGGCCAGCAUUAGGGUUUGAAGGAUGUGUGAAGGUGAAGGAGGGAACGUGGGGAGGGAGUGUGAUUAUAGACGAGGUGAAUGAGGGAGUGGGGAGGGAGGCGUACAUCAUGCGGCCAAUAGUGAGUGUGCAUGUGAGUGUGGGCACAGGUGGGGCAGCCGCAGGAGCAGCAGGGGAGGCGGUGGCUGCAGCAGGCAGCAGUGGCGGUGCAACCACCAACACUACGCUGCCAGCAGCAUCACCCCAGCGACCAGACAUCCCCGCGCUCAUGUUCUUGGCCCAUCGUCUGAGGCGCUAUGUGCCACACUUGCGCCACGUGUGGUUGACGGCCUCUGUGCCUGAUGUGAGCAAUGAGCUCUCGGAACACCGUGACUGGACGUUCCACAGUGCUGGAGGGAGUAUGGAUGCACAUGAUGGGCAAUCAUGGCCUUCUGGUUUGGAAGGCAGCCUGGGCACUGCAAUGGGUGCCACAGCUAGUAUGCUAUCUCAGCUCCUCAUUGCCUCUGAAAGUGAUUAUUUUGUUGGUGCUCUUAGCUCUUCCAGUGCGAAGUUGCUGAACGAGUUUAGAUGCACUAAUGGGAGGCUGCUGUCUGGAUUCAUUUCCCUGGACCAAUAA